CCUGUGUUACCGCGAGAGUAGUCCAGUAGCCGCUGCUGCUGCCUGUCAACAUCACACAGCCCUGAAGAGCCUGUCUGGGUCCGACUGUGAUUACAUUUUUAACUGUUUUGUCUCUGACAGAGCGUUUACUGUCCUCCAACAUGUCCAUGUACCAGGUAAAGCCCCUUUGUGGAAGCCUCCUAAAGCCCGAUUUACCAACCUGCAUGUACACUUUACCAAAUAUCCACACGCAGCAAGGGAACAGCUGCACCUCUGAAGUAUGCUCUGAACACGCGCUGCAGAAUGGCGAGGUGGAUCCAGCAGUCAAAGCUUUGGAAGCGAGGCAGGAUGAGAUCUUGAGAAAACUGUACGAGCUGAAAGCAGCUGUGGAUGGCCUUGCCAAGACGGUGACUACCCCUGACGCCGAUCUGGACCUGACAGUCAGCAGCAGCCUCUCCUCCGACAGCCCCAGCUCCACAACCUUCAAAGGAGUCACAAAUCUGGACACACUACUGGGCAAGGACCUCGGUGCUCUUCGUGACAUUGUAAUAAACGCCAAUCCGGCACAGCCACCCCUCACCCUGCUGGUGCUCCACAGCGUGCUGUGUCAACGCUAUCGGGUGCUCUCUACCGUCCACGUCCACUCCUCAGUUUCCAAUGUGCCGCCACAGCUCCUGUCCUGCCUCGGCCCACGUCAUGCAGACAGCUAUGCCCGCCAGAUGUUCCAGCUGGGCUUCACCCUCAUAUGGAAAGAUGUCCCCAAACUGCAGAUGAAGUUCAGUGUUCAGAACAUGUGUCCUAUCGAGGGAGAGGCCAACGUGGCGCGAUUCCUCUUCAAGCUGCUGUCUCCCUACCCCAGUGACGCUGCUCUCGCCACACUGGUGGACAGCUGGGUGGACACGGCUUUCUUCCAGCUGGCAGAGGGCAGUGCCAAGGAGCGGGCCGCAGUCCUGCGGGCCCUUAACUCUGCUCUGGGCCGCAGCCCCUGGCUGGCCGGGCAGGAGUUCUCCCUGGCCGAUAUUGCGUGCUAUUGCUGCGUGUUGCAAAGCGGCCCCGCCUCCUCUACUCCCAAUAAUGUCCAGCGCUGGCUCAAGUCCUGUGAGAACCUGGGCCACUUCAGCCCUGCCAAGCUAUUUCUGCAGUGACUGGGGCUGGGACACCUGAAGGGUGUUUUAUCAGAGCAAAGUGAGAAAAGGGCAUUAGAAUAUUAAAUAUCCCAGCCAUGUCUGGAACAACCUCUAAUGCUUCCCUCCUUACUGUAAUAUAUCACUGACAAAGACUCAGUAGAAGCAAUAUGGUAGACGGUUAAAGUAAAUUAAGAGUAUAUGUCACCGCCAUGCUGCUUUUGUACAACAAAGAGAUUCUAAGGCUAUUUUUUGCAAGGGAGGAAGCAUGAGAGGUCUGAAGAGACAAGGGUUUAGGGAUUAAAUCAAAGAUACUGACAAAAUUAACACGCACUGUACACCUUCCACUUUGUGCCUCAGAUCCUGUUCUAAAUGUGUGUGGUGAUGGGUAUUACUCUGUGUUUUCUAAAGUAAUACUUUGCACCCGUUUUUCUGAAAUCAUUAAAACUACAACUUUGGAUCAAACUAUGAAA